AGAUGAUCAAAUCCUUCAAGCAAACGUUUCUGUCCCUGGAUCUACAGUCCCCUCGGUGGAGCUCAGCAGAAACGAUGGCAAAGGAUUAUGAACUGCGUCAGUAUGAGACAGCCAAGUGGGUCAGCACAAUCAUUAUGGGAGAAACCCAGAAGGAGGCGAUGCACCAGGGCUUCUGGAAACUCUUCCGCUACAUCCAAGGGAAGAAUGAGAAAGAAAUGAAGAUGGACAUGACUGUGCCAGUGACAUGCCUGAUAAAAUCUGGCUGCACAGACUUCAAGAUCUCCUUCUUUGUGCCAUUUGAACACCAGGACUCCCCACCACAGCCCACCGACUCGGAUGUGUUUAUUGAAGAGAGGAAGGCAGCAGGCAUCUUCGUCCGGUCCUUCGGUGGAUUUGCCUCCCCAGAGAAAUAUGCUGAGGAGGCUGAAGUCUUGGCCAGAAUCUUAAGAAACAGAGGCCAACAAUUCCAUGAAGACAGCUUCUAUACUGCAGGCUAUGACAGUCCCUUCAAGCUCUUUAACAGACACAACGAAGUCUGGUAUUUUAAAAAGUAAUAUGGUGGGAGGGAAUAUUGAAGCUACUAAUCAGUUCUGAAUGAAAACAGAUCUUAAUGGCUUUUGCUUUAGUGCAGAACAGAUUUAAUUCACACAUGGACACCAGAUGUCCAAUUAGUUUUCUCUAGGAUGAAAUACUGUUGUGGCUAAAAGAAUAUUUC